UUGAAGCACGAGAUAAGCGCAGAACACGCUAAUGAUGCAGUAGUAGCAUUUGGCACCGAAACUCAGAAACGAGAAACAGCCCUUUUCUUCUCGGGUCUUUCCCGUGCUGAGAGAAGAAAUGGCGGUCUUUCUCAGUUUCAGAUUUUAAGUUGAAUGCAUAGUAUUCUUAAGAGGACAGCAUGAUGGAAUUGGAGGGAAAUACAAGCGGCAUUGCAGAAGAAGCUUUCUUUGAAGUUGGAGAUGAUAUUGAUGCUGCUGCUUUUCAGAAUGAAAAAUGUGGGAUAUGUAUGGAUGUUAUCAUUGACAGGGGGGUCCUAGACUGCUGCCAGCACUGGUUUUGUUUUGAAUGCAUUGACAACUGGGCUACCAUUACAAACCUCUGCCCACUUUGUCAAAAUGAGUUUCAGUUAAUCACAUGCAUUCCAGUAUAUGAUACGAUUGGAACUAACAAGCUUGAGGACCCAUUUCCCAGAGAGGAUGACUGGUGCAUUCAAGGAAAGAAUAAUACUCUUUCUUUUCCAUCAUAUUACAUUGAUGAAAAUGCAGUUACCUGUUUGGACGGAGAUAGUUGCAAAAUACGAAGUGGUCUGGCAACAAUUAAGGAGGAUUCAAAUCUUGAUACAUCAAUUGCUUGUGAUUCAUGUGAUAUAUGGUACCAUGCUUUUUGUGUGGGUUUUGUUCCAGAAGGUGUAUCUGAGAGUUCAUGGUUAUGCCCAAGGUGUGUAAUUGAUGAAGUGCCAAAAAAAUCAGAUGUGAUUUCAGUACAAAGACCAAACAACCAAUGUGAUCCAGAUAUUGUUCAAGAACAUCCUGUUGAUGCUAUGUUUUCUGGAAAGGUAUCAGUCUCGGUUGCUGAUACUGGAGAGACAGCUGUUGUGGUCUCAAUGGUUGGAGAAAUGCAGUUGGAUGGAGGAUCAAGUGAGGACUUUCUGUCACUCCUAGAAAUCAACAAGGACCCAAAGAUAGAAACAUUGUUAAUUAAUUCCAAUGCAAGUAGUCCCAAGCUGGAAGCACAAUUAAAGGAGAGUACUAGUAUUCAAACAAAUGUUGGGGCAGAGGAAACAUCGUUAGCAUUAUCAUUAACACAAAACCCAUCCUUCACUUUAUCUGACAACUCUUCUGUUCUUAGUCAGUUUGAUACAAAAAAUGUUGAUAAUGAGAUUUGUGAACCAAACGGUCACAGUGAGUGUGAAACUUCUUCGCAUCUCCUCUAUGCUAAAUCCUUUUUUAAGAUUGAACCAUCUGGAACUGAAUCUGAUAUUGAUCUUCAUCUUGGCUUAUCUUUUGGAUCUUCUUUGUCAGUUGACAAGGUGGAUGAUGCAAAUAUAGUGGCUGGGGAUGUACAGCAGCACAAUUCUUUAGAAGAAUCCUCUUUGUCAGUUGACAGGGUGGAUGUGGAUCCUAAUGAUAAUGUGGGUGUUGAUGGAGUAACUAGCUUGAAGAGAAAGUUUACAAGUUCCAGAGAUGAUGCUCAGAUAGGUGACCAUACUGAAUGUGAGGACAGAGAAACCAGUGAUAAAAUCAAGACUAAGGUUUCCACAAAGAAAGCCAGAUCUGAGGGAGAACAUCAAGAAAUUCCUAAGUGUCAAGCUAGUGAUUCUGUACAGGAUGAAACUAAAAAAUGUUCUAGUCCGAUAGCAGUUUGUGAAAAUAAUAAGUUGCAUGAUCAUUUAGAUAAGGAAGUUUCCCCUUCCACAAAGAAAGCCAGAUCUGAGCGUGAAGGUGAACAUCAAGAGAUUCAAGCUAGUGAUUCUGUACAGAAUGACAGUCAAAAGUGUUCCAGUUUGCUAGCAGUUUGUGAAAAUAAUAAGUUGCAAGGUCAUUUAGAUAAGGAAGUUGCACCUUCAGACAUUAUGAGUAUAGUUCAGGAGACAGACUAUAGAUCUUCCAGAAGGCCUACGCACCCACACCCUACUGAUAACUCCUCAAAAGAAAGAGAUAAUGCAGUUGGAUUGAGAGUUAAAAAGAUAAUGAGGAGAGCCUCAGACGACAAAGAGUCUGCAGUGCUAGUCCAGAAACUAAGAGAAGAAAUUAGAGAAGCUGUCCGUAACAAGUCUUCAAAAGAUUUUGGGAAAAAUAACAUCUUUGAUCCAAAACUUCUUGCUGCAUUCAGAGCUGCAAUAGCAGGACCCAAAACUGAACCAGUUAAGCAGUUAAAUACUUUUCUUGUGAAGUCAAAGAAGUCAUUGUUGCAGAAAGGAAAGGUCCGUGAGAAUCUAACAAAGAAAAUAUAUGGGACAAGCAAUGGAAGACGGAGACGUGCAUGGGACAGGGAUUGGGAAAUUGAGUUCUGGAAGCAUCGGUGCAUGAGGACUACAAAGCCUGAAAAGGUUGAAACACUAAAGUCUGUUCUUGACCUCCUAAGAAAGAGCUCAGAGAUGGAAAAAGGGUCUGAAGGGGAGGCUUCAAAUCCCAUUCUUUCCAGGUUGUAUCUAGCAGAUACAUCUGUCUUCCCUAGGAAGGAUGAUAUCAAGCCUCUCUCAGCCCUUACAUGCAUUAGCAACAAUGAACAGAUAAAAGAAGAUAGUUCAACAACAAAAAAUUUUAAACCAAAAUUUGACAAUCAUACAGUCCAGACACCUUCAAUGACAGCCAUUCCUUCAGUUGAUAAGGGAAAAAAGGGUGGUGCUCCAAGCUUAAAAUGUGAGUCUAAUUCUUCGAAAAUACAUCCCAAUGGACCCACAAGCAGGCUGAACUCCAUUUCUUUGUCAGGUGGUUCCAAAGUGAAAUCCCAAGAUACAAAGGACACUGCUAGUAAAUCUGAUAAUGUAAAGAUAGAUAAAAGGAAAUGGGCCCUGGAGGUUCUUGCAAGAAAGACCGCUAUGGGAGGCAAGGAUGCAGCUCAAAUGAAACAGGAAGAUAUUGCAGUUCUCAAAGGCAAUUAUCCUUUAUUGCAGGCCCAACUGCCGAUAGAUAUGAGACCAGUACUUGCACCCAUCCGCCAUAAUAAAGUUCCAGUAUCAGUUAGGCAGGCACAACUUUACCGCCUGACAGAACAUUUCUUGAGGAUAGCAAAUCUUCCCAUUAUUUGUAGAACUGCAGUCACAGAGUUGGCCAUUGCAGAUGCUGUCAACAUUGAAAAGGAGAUUGCUGAUAGAUCAAACAGCAAGCUUGUAUAUGUGAAUCUUUGCUCUCAGGUUCUGUCUCAACAUAGAAAUAACAGCAAACCUGGUAGUGAAGCCAAAGAAUUAAAUCCUCCAUCAGAAGACAUUGCAAGAAGUACAGAACCAGCAGCUGCCAAAGAAUCCUCUUUUGAUCCAACAGUGGAAGAAGCACUGAGACUGGCAGGCCUUCUGUCUGAGUCCCCACCAAACAGUCCUUAUUGCCCAAUGAAAGAGCAGGAUGAUGAAGAGGACACCUCAUUAAAGGUCCAAGAGGAGGAUGGGCCUGUAGAUAUAUUCAAUAUGGAUUCUCAUCCAGAAUUGGAUAUAUAUGGGGAUUUUGAGUAUGAUCUGGAAGAGGAAGAUUAUAUCAGUGCUACUUCUUUGAGGGCACCCAAGUCACAACCACAAGAAGGUGAUUCAAAAAUGAAGGUUGUAUUCUCCACUCUCAACUCUGAAAGAGAAAAUAAUGGUCUAGAUUUUAAAGAUAAUGGAAGAUUACGGGUUGCUGAGGAGUCAAUGGAUUCUCCCAUGUUGGAAUGCCAUAAAGAUAGUGACAUUCAAAGCUCAAACUCAACUGAUAAGGUUGGCAGACAAAGUCUUCCAUUAGAAUCUUUACAAGAUGGAGAUGCAGAGCCUUCUAUGGCAGAAUGUGAGGAGUUAUAUGGCCCUGACAAAGAACCCCUGGUAGAAAGGUUUCCCAUAAAUGCAUCAAGAGAGCCAGAUAAGUUGGUCCAGAAGGAAGCGUCAUCUGAAGAAAUAGCUCCUGCAGAAAAUAAAACUUGUGGAUCAAAUAAAGCAUCUAUUCCCAAUCAUGAGAAUGAGAACAGUACAGAGAAUAUAUCAGUCACAGGCAGAUUUUCUGUUGAACAUGACUCUUCUGUGGGAAACAAUUCACCAAAGCAUUCUCUAACGAGAGAAACUGUACUAAGGAAGGAGACAAGCCCCAAAAAUCACAAGCAGUUGGACCUCAGCCAUUCCAUAUCCAUAAAGGUGGAAGCGUAUAUUAAAGAACACAUCAGGCCACUGUGCAAAAGUGGUGUGAUCACAGUGGACCAGUACAGAUGGGCCGUGGCUAAAACAACAGAUAAAGUUAUGAAAUACCAUGUAAAGGCCAAGAAUGCAAAUUUCCUAAUAAAGGAAGGGGAGAAAGUGAAGAAACUUGCAGAGCAAUAUGUUAAAGCUGCUAAGGAUAAGCAAGAGUAAUGGACYCCAGUUUAAAGGCAGUUUCUAGAUCCUUCUCUGGCAGCCUAUCUUCGACCUCCUAUUUUGCAGAUAAGGAGAUGAAAGGAGAAAAAGAAGGGUAGCAUCCAACCUAUAAUCCUGUUUUGGCUGUUCAUGAAAUUCCAGGAUCUAUGAGGGUGUAUGAAACUUGGGUUGAAUUGAAGCUUAUUUGAAUGUAUAUAAUUAUACGGGGUGCUUCAUAAGAGCAUUGAACUGCAUCCUCAACCAACAAAUGAUUAAUAGGAUUACUAGCGGAAGGGCCCUGCGUUGCAGGGGCAAAACAUGAUGGUAAGUAGCUUGUGAGUAAA